AUGGAGCCUUUUCAACAUGUUAGCAAAAUUCAGCAGUACAAAAGGAGAAUUGGAAUGCCUUAUGCAAAAAGUAACUGCAAUGGGAAAAUCUGGUUUUUUGUAAAUGAUAAUGUGGAUGUGGAGAUUUUACAAGACACUGCUCAACAAAUUACUAUAAAGCUUUAUUUCCAUCAGUUUGACAAGCACAUGCUCAUUGGGGGUGAUUUUAAUGUCAUUUUGAAUGAGGAAGAGAAAAUUGGUGGAUUGUCUGCCCUUCCACAAGAGUAUGAAGAUUUUGCAUUUUGCAUCUAUGAAGAUUUUGCAUUUUGCAUCAAUUCCUGUGAUCUUUCUGAGAUAAGCUAUAAAGGCAGUCCUUUUACCUGGUGGAAUGGGAGAGAAGAUAGGGAUUGCAUUUUCAAAAGGUUAGAUAGGAAGUUAUCUAAUGAUUACUUGCAGAAUUGGUUUGGACAUCUUGAGGUGGAGCAUUUGUCUAGAAUUGGCUCAGAUUAUGCACAUAUGCUUCUUUCUUGCAAUGAUCAAUCUCAUCAUUUUGUAAGGCCUUUCAAAUUUCUGAAAUUUUGGACUGAACAUGAGGAUUAUAAGGAGGUGGUGAGGCAGAACUGGAUAUCUGAGGACACACAAAAUGCUUUUGUUUCUUUCAAGCAGAAGAUGAAGCAAGCUGAAUUGAAGAGGUACUUACAUUAUGAGGAGGAAUUUUGGAGACAAAAAACUGGUUUUGAUCAUUUUGCAGAAGGGGAUAGAAAUACCAGAUUUUUCCGUUGUCUGGUCAAGGGAAGAAGGAAAAGGACUCUUAUAAAGAAGAUUAAGAAUGCUGAUGGAUCAUGGUUGAAAAGUGUGGAAGAUAUUGCUACAGAAGUUGUUUCCUUUUAUCAGAAACAAUUCACACAGGAAGCUGAUCAGACUGACUCACCUUUGUUUAAUCAUAUUCCAUUACUGGUCUCUCAGGAAGAAAACAAAAUGCUUUGUGCAAUCCCUACUUUGGACGAGGUGAAGAAUGCAGUUUUUGAGUUAUCAGGGGAUAGUGCUAGCGGUCCAGAUGGUUUAAAUGGUGUUUUCUAUCAUUCUUGUUGGGAGAUUGUUGGUGCUGAUGUAUACAGUGUUAUGAAAGCCUUUUGGGAUGGCCAUACUCUUCUAAAGGCAAUCACACAUUCAAAUCUAGUCUUGUUACCAAAGAAGAAUGAGGUGGAGACAUUUUCAGACAUGAGGCCUAUUAGUCUUAGUAAUUUCGUUAACAAAGUCCUUUCCAAGAUAGUUUCAAAUAUCAGGAUGAGGGGAAAACCUGCUAAUGUGGUACUUAAACUUGAUAUGACCAAGGCUUAUGAUAGAGUUUCAUGGUUAUUUUUAGCCAAGGCUUAUGGUUUUUUCCAUUCUUCUAGAGAGGUCAAACAAGGUGAUCCCCUUUCUCCUGCACUUUUUAUCCUGGCAGCUGAGGUUCUGUCAAGAUCUCUUAAUGCAUUAUUUAAUGAUAAGGAAUUCAAAGGUUUUGGAAUGCCAAAAUGGAGCCCUUAG